UGUGGCGGGCUGGGAGGGGACAGGCCAGCUUCUUGCCCUGGGGAAGGAGAGUGCGUGGAGAGACCCAGCUCAGGCAGGCGGCGCCAGCAGCUGCAGCUCUGGAGCAGAGGGGAUAUGGUGGCCGGGUUUAGCUGGGCUGUUCAGGCCACAGCCCUCCUGUCUUCCAUGCAGCAGCCCCGCCCCCUGCUCCUGUUCUCGGUCCAAUCCCAGUCUCCGUCCACCCGCAGCGCCCAUACCCAUCUCGUCUUUCCUGCCACUCACCCCCAGGAGACAGAAGCCUUCUUUCUCCUGAACUGCAUCAUGAACCCGCUGUCGGAAGCCAAUGGCGCCUUUGCCAUCCGCCUUUUAAAGCUUCUGGGUCAGGAGGACCCAGCACGCAAUGUCUUCUUCUCUCCCGUGAGCAUCUCCUCGGCCUUGGGCAUGGUCCUGCUGGGCGCCAAGGGCAGCACGGCCGCCCAGAUUGCUCAGGCACUGGCAGUGAAUGCUGAGGAGGACAUUCACGGUGGCUUCCAGUCGCUUCUCACCCAAGUGCACAGGCCUGGCGCUCCAUAUUCCCUCAGCAUAGCGAACCGGCUCUUUGGAGAAGAGAGCUGCCAGUUCCUCUCACCAUUUCAGGAGUCCUGCCUGAAGUUCUACCAAGCCGAGCUGGAGCAGCUGUCCUUUGCCAAAUCUCCAGAGAGCGCCAGGAGGCACAUCAAUGCCUGGGUGUCCACCAAGACCCAAGGCAAAAUUCAAAAGUUGUUAGCCAAGGAUUCAAUUGAUGAGGCAUGCAGACUGGUUCUUAUCAAUGCUGUCUACUUCAAAGGAAGGUGGGAAGAACAAUUUGAGAAGUCAAGCACAAGUGAAAUGCCUUUCAAAAUAAACCAGAAGGAGCAGAGGCCGGUGCAGAUGAUGUUCCAGAGUCACACAUUUCCUCUGGCUCGUGUGAGCGAGGUCCAGGCCCAGGUGCUGGAGCUGCCCUACCAGGGCCGGGAGCUGAGCAUGGUCGUGGUGCUCCCAGAUGAGGGCGUGGACCUGAGCACGGUGGAAAAAGCCCUCACUUUUGAGAAAUUCCAAACCUGGGCCAGCCCAAAGCACAUGAAGAGCAUCGAAAUAGAAGUUUCCCUUCCGAGAUUUAAGCUGCAAGAGGAUUAUGACAUGGGCUCUGUGCUGCAGGGUCUCGGCGUUCUGGAUGUCUUUCAUCCGGGCAAGUCAGACCUGUCUGGGAUGUCAGUUGACAGUGACCUGUGUCUGUCCAAGUUCAUACACAAGAGUGUGGUGGAGGUCAACGAAGAAGGCACCGAGGCUGCAGCAGCAGCAGCUUGUGAGAUUGAAGUGUGUUGUGCAAGGUCGUUGCCUGUGUUCUGUGCUGACCGCCCCUUCCUGUUCUUCAUCAGGCACAACAGGACGAGCAGCCUGCUGUUCUGCGGCAGGUUCUCGUCCCCAUGAGGGCUGCACUUCCUGUGCAUGCCGGCAGUCCCCUCUGCAUCCCCAAAUCCCUGUCCAAACUCCAUGAAGUUGGCUCACUAGAAAAGCACAUGUAGGCUGGGAGCAGCCUGACGCACAUCUGCACCGUCUGUCACCUCAGCGCACCGUGGACAUGCUCUGCUCUCCCCCCACUGUCCCUCCCUUGUGCCACAUCAUCAGCGUCUCUGGGCUGCAGAGCUCCUGUUGAGCCCAGAGUGCACUAUAGGUCCCAGAAUGGAGCCCACACCGGAUUCUGAUGGUCGCAAACAUUUCUCAGACUCGUGCCCGUGCCCCUUACUGUGGUAACAGUGUGCUUCCUGGCACCUCCAGUCCUGUUGCACACGUGCCUUAACCCGACUGUCUAAGUUCAAAGCCAUGCUGCUAGACAUUCUUAUUCCAGUGAUGGUUUUGCUGGUGCUUUGAGUUUUAAAGAAGUGCACAUUUUAAUUUUAUUUUUAUCUGACAUUUCCUGCUCAGCUGGUCUGUGCAGAGCGCUGCAUGAGACCCAGGGACACAGUCUAGCUUCUUCAGAAGCUGCUCUUUCUGGUCUGUGCCCAACUCGUAGGUUUUGUGGCAACCAGGGUGCCCUAUUUCAUGCCUUCGGUCUUGCAUGGAUAGCAAGU